AUGGCGCAAGGUAUGUUCUGCUAUAUGAAGAUUUUCGUGGGCACAUGUGUGUUCAUGGUCGCGGGUGAUAGCGUACAGGUGGCCGUGCCAAACGCUUGA